UCCUGGCCGCCAGCCUCAGCGAACUAUUGGCAAUCGACGGCAACCUCAGCGAAGUGCGCCUCCCCAUGCAAUCCCUCCCUGCCGGUAAGGUUCGGAUCUGUUGAGGACAGGCAGCAGCGAAAAGAGAGGAUGGGGCACCUCACACCACCCCCGCCGGUAAAGAUCAGAUCCGUUGAGCCAAAAGGGCGGACGCCACCUUCCACGGUUCCCGAUCCUUAUUGGAACACCGACCAUGUUAUGGCCUGGAGGCAUUUCCGUUUGCCUACACCAAUCUACGUCAGAGUGGAUCGUUCAGGAGUCUAUCACUCAUAUCCAGAGCUGCCAGGUCGGCCGUUCCAGAGCUUUGAUGCAAUUGCAAGUGCUCUCCAUACCUAUGCUCGUGGCAGUAGCACUGACACGUCCAAGGAAACAAAUAAGGAGCGUCUUAUACGUGAAUCUCUUGAGUGGUCAGAUGGUACGAGGAAGGUCGCCACAAGUUCGAAAAUAGCUGAGAGGGAAAUUAAGAAUGUGCACAGACUGGUUAAAGCUUUACUGGACAAGAAGCACGACGAUGAGGAUUUCGAGUAUGAACUCAAAGAUAUUGUGCAUUGGCAAUUAAUCUCUGAAGGUCCCAAUGCAUGGUACUACCAUCUCAAUAUCACUAUGAAAACUAAAGGAGCUGAUGAUGAUGCGGGCAGUGUCAAUCUAUUCUUCGCUGAAGUCACACGUCAUCAGAGCGAUAUGCCAGGAUAUUUUCUCAGCAGUUUCUGCAGAAUUGACCCUAACAGCAAGGACGUUCACUGCCAUGGUUGUACGAACAAUGGAAGUAUUCAUCUGAAGCACCCCCCUACUCAUUUUGAUUGCGGCCACACUGAUCUCUCCCUUGGUUAUGAUGCAUGUAACGAUGAGGUGUGCCGCGACGCCCAAAACAAGGAAGACGACGAUGAAGAAGAAGAACUGAGAGAAGAGGAGGAAAGGAUAAGAGAGUCCUUUGAUUACCUUGACGAUGUGGAAUUUAUGGAGAAACUCCGCAAGAAACGUGCUGAGCUCUUAGCCUUACAUUCCAAAAUCCAGGAGGAUGAAGAAACGACAUGUAAAGACUGAAGAGUGGAGAUGUCCCUGCUUAUUAUCACAUGUUUUCAUUUAUGUCAGUAAUUUGAACUCAGUGGAGCUUGCGAGUAA